CAACCAAUAGCUCGAUUUAGCUCAUGUUACUGAGUAACAACUUGCUUUAGACUUCUGAAGAGAAAUUAGCAGGGCGACAGAAGGGGUUUCCAUAUAAAUAGUGUCAGGCACAAUAGAGUGACCUUUUUUUGUACUGAAUUGGCUUGUUUAGUCAAUCAUACUGAUAAGUCAAGCAAGACAAGCCUCUAACCAAGAAACGAGAAGCGAGACGCGAGGACAGAGGCCUUCCAGGGAGAGACAUGGGGAGAAAAAAGAUACAGAUCGCUCAGAUUAUGGACCAGCGCAACCGCCAGGUGACCUUCACCAAGCGUAAGUUCGGUCUGAUGAAGAAGGCGUAUGAGCUGAGUGUGCUGUGCGACUGUGAGAUCGCCCUCAUCAUCUUCAACGGAGCCAACCGGCUCUUCCAGUACGCCAGCAGUGACAUGGACAAGGUCCUGCUCAAGUACACCGAGUACAGCGAGCCGCACGAGAGCCGCACCAACGCCGACAUCAUGGAGACGCUGCGCAGGAGGAGGGUGGACGUGCCGGAGCGGGCCGACUCCCUGCAGGACGAAGCGGAGCGCUGCUCCCAGAUCAGCCCCGCAGCCGGCCUUUCUGCCGCACGCCAACGAUACUACGCUGUUGAUCCCCAGUACCCUGGGCUGCCCUGUGAGAACGUGGGGUCAAUAGAAGGCCACUCCCCCAAACCCAGCCUGCUCCCCCACAGACCUCCCCACCUCCACAAGCCCCCCACCCCUAAAGGGGGCCCCUCAACCCCCGGCGGGCCCCACACCCACCCCAGCCACAUGCCGACCCACUCAGGUAUUGGCUGCUCAGUGUAUUCCCAUGGCAACCUGAGCCUGGGCUCUGCCAACCGGCGAAUGGAGGUGCAGCCCUCCCUGAUGGACAGCCACGGCAACCUGAGCACGGCAAGGGCGCUGUAUCACAACAUUUACCCAGGAAACCACAUGGUUGCCAUGGAGAAAGCUGGCCUUUUUGGGCACUCCCUCGGGGGGUACAGGGUCCCCACUGCUGUGCCUCUUGAGUACACCCACCCCGGCUCCGCCCACUCUGCCAGCCUGCAGCGAGGCGCAGUGGGGCCCUGGCGCACGUCACAUGACCCAGAAGUGCAGGCGUCUCUGGGAGGCCUUGGGAUGUCGAGUGGAGGGUGUUUCUUCCCAACGCAGGUCGCCACGGCAACCCUGCCACCUCACCCCUCCCCUUCCCCGCUCGGCCUCAGCAUCAAAUCGGAGCGGGCCUCUCCUGAGCAGGCCACGCCCCCUCCGGGGCAGCGGGCCAAUCCGGACCCCUACCCGCCCAGAGGGAGGGAGGAGCCUCGCAGAGCAAGCUCCGCCUUCCUGCUCAGCGCUGCCAAAUCCCAGCCGGAGGGAAGAGGUGGACUCAGGGUCGGCCAAUCGGAGCCCCUUCCUGAUCCCGCGGCGGUGCGAUCUUCGAGAUAACCAGCCCAGCGUGGUAAAGGACAGGGCUUGGCAUGUGGGAUAAAAAAAAUAUUUAUUAACUCUUCAUUUUACAGCCUGUUGAUUGCAGGGUACUGACGGGGGGACACAGCUACUGGGGUCAUUAUUAGGGCACGGCUGUGAUUUCAGGGGUAAGUGCUGUGAAACAAAGGGAGUAAGUACCAUCCGUAAGCACUAACCACAGCUUCAUAGCACUUACCUCUGAAGUACUAGGCUGUAAGAUAAAGUGUUGCCAAAUAUUUCAUUAAUAACACAUAUUCAUAUUUAAAGUGAAUAGUUUAUUACUUAUAUGUUUGGCACUUAUUUGGCGUAAGUGCUACAUUUCUGACAAGCUUGCAACGGCAAAGGAACUUAAUAAACGUCCAGUGAGUGAUUCUUGCUCAGGGAAUUUUAAUUUUUCAUAUGUGUAAGUAUAAGGCUCUAUGUGUGUCAGUUACAGCAAGAGAGGAUUAAAGCAUGGAGCUCCUUUCAGUUAAACUCGCCUUUUAAUGGGUUCUGUAUGUCCAUGAUGAUGAUGGUGGUGAUAGUGAUGGUGAUGAUGAUGGUGGUGAUGGUGAUGGUGAUGAUGGUGGUGAUGGUGGUGAUGGUGGUGAUGGUGGUGGUGAUGGUGAUGAUGAUGAUGGUGGUGAUGAUAGUGAUGAUGGUGAUGGUGGUGAUGAUGAUGGAGCCAGUGAAAAUCAUAUUAAAGGAAAGACCAGAGGUUUAAGAAAAGGAGAUGUUAGUAGAUGAAAGUAGUUUGUUGAAAGUUUCUGGAUACUGUACAUAUCAGAAAUGUAACGAAGUAGGAAGGUGAUUAUGUGAUCUCGCGUAGGUAAACAUAAGAUCUGUAUUCCAGUGAAUCCAAAAACUCUGCCCUGUUCCACAAAGCAGGAUUACUGAGUUAGCUGGAUAACUGUAACUCGCUAAUCCCUCUUCCUGAAAUACCCCCCUGGUCUUGUCUUGAAGGCAUUUUCUUUUAGAUUGCUGUGAGAAACCUCUGAUGAAGAAAAGUUCAUUCAUUUCAGAAACAAAGCCAUAUUUUCAUUUUCUUUUUCUUUUUUAAAACAUGGUUCUUGUUGGAUACUAACUGCACUCUGCUUAAAUGGCGUCCAUAGAUAUGUAGAUACCCUUUGCGCUUGAAGCUUGACAAAUAUGCAUAUUUACCAUUCCACGCACUCAAAUGACAUUUUCGCCCCGGAAAAGAGAACUGUAUCAAAUGUCCACUUGAUCUUCCUGUA